GAUAAUGGUUUUUAAUCAAAGGGGCUGGAAGGAUACAUGGAAUGCAGACACCUAGUUGCAAAAAAAGACGCACUUUUAUAAGAAACAAAUUUUGUCCGCAAUCUGAGCCUGUAUUCUGGCCCUUUAUGACCAGCAUUAGCUUGUAUUAGGGCGCAGCUUCAACAAGACUAUAUCAUCUGCCGAUGUUCUUCCGCUGCUGGGCGACACUCCUGAUGAUCGUCCAUGGCCCAGAAACUUGAAGUUUCAAGGCUCUUAAUUCCGAGAACAUCCAAAAAGUCAUGAUGGCAAGUGUCCAGCAAGAUGAAUCCCUCAAGGAAAAGACAAAAAUAAACCAGACAAGGUACUGUCCUGUGAAAUAUCUAUACUGACGUAUCACUGUUUCUUAAGACAGCUUUUCGCUUAUAAACAUUACUGAUCCCACAGGAAAGUUUACCUGGUUUAGACCUGCCUCCGCCUGUCGCUCAUGACGUAUGUAUGAGUGGAGUCGUUCAACGCAAGUGUUACUCUUCGCUAAGCACAAAAAGAAAACUUCUGAAAUUAAAAAUAUACCCAGCGCGUGUUGACCUCUGGACAUAUUUUUCUUUCAUUAUAACUGCGUCGCAAAAUCUGUGCCUAUCUAGAGAAUAACAGAACCGAAGUUAAUCAUUAAAGCGUUGUGUACAGUGAACGUGACUCCAGGGUCGAAUGAAUACUAUCAUUGCCCGAUUCCUCGAUAAGGUCAGUACUAGGACAGACUGGUAUUCUAGAUUCACUACACACAGGAUAUAGUACGUAAUACUUCCAACUUUCGUUCCUCUUGCUUGUAACCGGUCUAUAUUAUUCGAUCCAAAACAUGACGAGUCCUCUGAGCCGGCGAGUAGCUGGGGUAUUAGCUGCAACUCUAGCGGGAAUUCCCGUCGCAACCGCCGGGUUCCUGCGCCUCAAAUACGGCCCGACGGUGUUCCAGGACCUAGUUGACAUUCGAGGAAGCUCGGCCGUGCUGAGGGUGUUUAAGGACAUUGAGGAGAAGAAUGUUCAGCUUUGCGAUUUCUUCGAAGAACACGCACGGAACACACCGGACAAAAUUCUCGUCCUUUACAAAGAUGAGGUACUCACCUACGGUGAACUGGACAGACAGGCUAACCAACUCGCCCACUUUGUCCAGCGAAGCCAGGUGGCAGCUCGUAUGGACACAGUGGCGAUAUUCAUGCUGAACGAGCCCAGUUUCGUCGUGUCCUGGUUGGCGUUUACCAAACUGGGGCUAAGAAUCGCACUGUUGAACUACAACCUCAGAGGCGACGUCCUCCUACAUUGCAUCAAAGCCUGCAAUGUUAAAGCAAUCGCUUGCAGUAAAGAUCCUCUUUUGUUGGAAGCUCUUGGAUCCAUCAAGCAUGAGCUGGACGCCCUUGGGACUGUAGUCUGGGUUCCGGGAGGUCCAGAGGUCCGAGAUGAGACCCUGGCGCACGGGUUAAUUCCAGCAGAUACAAGAGACGAGUCCUGCGCUCCCAUACCACCGACAUCACGCCGACAAAUUGCCAGCCGGAACACGGCGCUGUACAUCUUCACGUCAGGAACAACAGGUGUCCCUAAACCCGCCAAGGUUACUCAUUACCGCAUAAUGAUAAGCUCUUACGCGAGUCGGCCAUCCGUGGCCUUUGGACCCGAUGACGUCAUCUAUUGCACUCUCCCUCUCUACCAUACUGCCGCUUUUGUUAUUUCCUUCGCUGGCAUGGUGAGAGUAGGAGGUCGCAUCGUUCUGAGCAACUUCUCUGCUCGGAGAUUCUGGGAUGACGUACGUAAAUACAAGGCUACAGUUAUUCCUUAUAUCGGGGAAUUGUGCCGCUAUUUGUUGGCUCAACCACCGCGUAUGGAUGACGGUAAAUAUAGCCACAAGAUUCGCUAUGCACUGGGUAACGGCAUGGCAGCAGACAUAUGGGAAGAGUUCCAGAAACGGUUUAACAUUAAACACAUCCACGAGUUCUACGGAUCAACAGAAGGGACAUACUCUUUUGUCAACUUGGACGGGAAAGUGGGAAGCGUGGGCAGAUACCCGCCCGUGCUCGCGGCCCUGACUGACGUGGUCGUGAGGGUGCAGUGCGACAUGGAGACAGCUGAGCCACUGCGAGGGUCGAAUGGGUUAUGUCUCCUUGCUCCUAAAGGUCAAACUGGCCUGAUGCUUUUCCGACUGAACGAAACGAUGAGAUUUGACGGUUACCAAGGAGACGAAAGUGUCAACCAGAAGAAGCUGGUUCGCAACGUCAAGAAACACGGCGACGUAUUCUUCAACACGGGCGAUCUGAUGCUUCUGGACAAGGAUUAUUACCUGUAUUUCAAGGACAGGUUGGGAGACACAUUUAGAUGGAAAGGUGAAAAUGUAGCAACUACCGAGGUCGCCCAAGUUCUAAAUUUGUUCGUCUCCGUGGAAGACACGAAUGUCUACGGUGUGCAAGUGCCAGGAAAUGACGGAAAAGCUGGAAUGGCAGCCAUCAAUUUGAAGCAGGGACACCAACUCGACCCAAAGGGUUUCUACGAUCACGUGGUCAGGUCACUGCCACUCUACGCAUGCCCAAAGUUUCUGCGAAUCAUGAAAGAGAUGGAAAUUACGGGGACAUUCAAACACAAGAAGACUGACCUCGCCCGAGAGGGAUUUGACCCCAAUGUCAUAUCAGACCCUCUCUUUUUCAUGGACGUAGAGAAGAAGACUUAUGCACCCUUGGACAAGGACGCCAUGCGAAGAAUUGUCUUCGGGAAGGCUAGGCUAUGAAUACAGAUGUAAUAAAACAGGAAAGAUAAAUUCAUUCAUCACAAUUAAACAAAAAUAAGCAAAUAAAGCAAUUGGUGAAAUUUAUUUAACUUGGCGGGAGAUUGCAUCACAUAUCUGAUACUUUACGACAAGCGAAAUGUUUUAAAUACUAAAUGUUCACUUUGUUGUACGAUGAGUCAUCAUAACCAAUUUCGUUUUCUAUUAUCAUGAACCUUCCGUAAAGAGAGAAAAGAACUGCUUUACAACACAACAGCGUCUGAAAAGCGAAUUUUGAGGAAACUUACUAUUGUGAUACGAGUCCAUGUACUCUCCAUGCCAAUUAGCGGCACCCUGCCACUUCAGCUCAACUGAAAAGAAAAUCGAGAAACACUUUCUCUUUUGUUUUCAUUUUGAAAUGCGACAACCCUAUGUUAUUAAUGGAACUUCCAAACUAGCUUAAAGUGGAAACCAGACUAUAAAAAGUCCGUAAAAUUUCAAGAGGGCAUUCUAGUAAAACAACCAAAAAAUCAUUGUCUUAACGUGAACUGUUAUGCCCUCUUUACCUUUGUUUUUCAAAGGGCGUCUACUUGGAGCUUUGAUAGGAACUGGGCAAAUAUAAUAACUUCGACGGAAAAUUGUUCUUACAGGGCAAGUUGAUGUUAGUUGAACGAAAUGGAUGAAUCCGCCUUAAAGUGGAUUAAUUGGUGACUUCAUGUAUACGGGUCUGUUCUAUAAUGCAUUUAUAAUGGUCUCUACAAGAUGCCCGUAGACUUUUACGCAAAGAUUAUUCUUCUCUAAAGCCUGGGGCCGUGGUGAUCUCAAGAAAAAAUCUGAUGGGUGGUGUUUGAGAAUUGGGAAAUGUACGCUUAACUUUUGUUAUCAUACCGGUAACUUGUAGUCCCAGUGAACCUUUCAGUAAGAGAUUAGUUAUCAAACACUCAUGUGCAUAAAAAAGGUACCGAUGUCAUAUUCUGUACGAUUUCUACAAGUUGGCUCAGCCACGACUCAUCUCUUGAGAACUGCAGUUGCGUAGCCAGGGGAGCCUGGGGGCACGUGCCCUCCCCCCCC